AUGCCGGGACCUCUCGGGCUGCCCCCAGACCCCAGCUGCCCCCACAGCAGGAUGCCCUGGGCCCGCCGGCCCUCCCUGCAGAAGACGGCAGUCAUCCUCGGUCUGCUUCUGUCCAGCACCGCCCUGUCCCCCACGUCGGGGCAGGCCAAGAUUCCUCUGGAGACGGUGAAGCUGUGGGCAGACACCUUUGGCGGGGACCUGUACAACACCGUGACCAAAUACUCAGGCUCCCUCUUGCUGCAGAAGAAAUACAAGGAUAUGGAGCCCAGUCUGAAGAUCCAGAAGGUGGAUGGCUUGGAGCUGGUGAGGAAGUUCUCAGAAGACAUGGAGACCAUGCUGCGCAGGAAAGUGGAGGCUGUAAAGGUGCUCCAGACUCUGGUAGAAGCCGCCGAGGAGGCUGACCUGAACCAUGAAUUCAACGAGUCUCUGGUGUUUGACUAUUACAACUCGGUCCUGAUCAACGAGAGGGAUGAGAAUGGCAAGUACGUGGAGAUGGGGGCUGAGUUUGUCCUUGAGUCCAAUGCGCACUUCAGCAACCUGAUGGUGAACACGUCCCUCAGUAGUGUGCAGCUGCCCACCAACGUGUACAACAGAGACCCAGAUAUUUUAAAUGGAGUCUACAUGUCUGAAGCCCUGAACCCUGUUUUUGUGGAGAACUUCCAGAGAGACCCGACACUGACCUGGCAAUAUUUUGGCAGCUCAACUGGAUUCUUUAGGAUCUAUCCAGGCAUCAAAUGGACACCUGAUGAGAAUGGAGUCGUCACCUUUGACUGCCGGAACCGCGGCUGGUACAUACAAGCUGCUACUUCUCCCAAGGACGUAGUGAUUGUGGUGGACACAAGUGGCAGCAUGAAGGGCCUACGGAUGACAAUCGCCAAGCACACCAUCUCCACCAUAUUGGACACGCUGGGAGAAAAUGACUUUGUUAAUAUCAUUGCGUCCAGACACAUUAAGGGAAAGGAGAAAGUAGACAGCGCACCUAGACAAGACCAACAAAUCCUGGUCCUGCUUUCACAGCAACUCUUCCUAGCUCUGCCUGCCCCCAGAGAGUAUAAUGACUACAUCCAUUACAUCGAGCCUUGUUUCAAAGGGAUCCUUGUUCAAGCCGAUCGAGACAACCGUGAGCAUUUCAAACAGCUGGUGGAUGAGCUGAUGGUUAAAGGGGUGGGAGUUGUGGACCAAGCCCUGAGGGAAGCCUUCCAGAUCCUGAAGCAGUUCCAAGAGGCCCGGCAAGGAAGCCUCUGUAACCAGGCCAUCAUGCUGAUCUCCGACGGGGCUGUGGAGGACUACGAGCCUGUGUUUGAGGAGUACAACUGGCCGGACCGCAAGGUUCGAGUUUUCACUUACCUUAUUGGGAGAGAAGUCAGUUUUGCAGACCGCAUGAAGUGGAUUGCGUGCAACAACAAAGGCUACUACACACAGAUCUCCACGCUGGCUGAUGUCCAGGAGAAUGUGAUGGAGUACCAGCACGUACUCAGCCGCCCCAUGGUCAUCAACCAUGACCAUGACAUCAUCUGGACUGAAGCCUACAUGGACAGCAAGCUCUUCACCUCACAGACGCAGACCCUGAUGCUCCUCACCACAGUGGCCAUGCCAGUCUUCAGCAAGAAGAAUGAAACGCGGUCCCACGGCAUUCUCCUAGGGGUGGUGGGCUCUGACGUGGCCCUGAAAGAGUUGAUGAAGCUGGCACCCCGGUACAAGCUCGGAGUGCAUGGAUAUGCCUUUUUGAACACUAACAAUGGCUACAUCCUCUCACAUCCUGACCUGCGUCCCCUGUACAGAGAGGGGAAGAAACUGAAACCCAAACCUAACUACAACAGCGUGGAUCUUUCUGAAGUGGAGUGGGAAGACCGAGCUGAAACCCUGAGAACAGCUAUGAUCAAUGGGGAAACAGGUUCUCUCUCUAUGGAUGUGAAGGUUCCACUGGACAAAGGGAAGAGAGUUCUUUUCCUGACCAAUGACUACUUCUUCACAGACAUCAGUGACACACCUUUCAGUUUGGGAGUGGUGCUGUCCCAGGGCCAGGGAGAAUACAUCCUUCGGGGGAAUACAUCUGUGGAAGAAGGCCUGCACGACCUGCUGCACCCGGAUCUGACCCUGGCUGGUGACUGGACCUACUGCAUCACAGAUAUCGACCCAGACCACCGGAAGCUCAGCCAGCUGGAGGCCAUGGUCCGCUUUCUGACGGGGGAGGACCCAGACCUGGAGUGUGACGAGGAGCUGGUGCAGGAGGUACUGUUUGAUGUGGUGGUGACAGCUCCCAUGGAAGCCUACUGGACAGCUCUGGCUCUCAACAGCUCUGAGGAGCACCAGCACGUGGUGGACAUGGCCUUCCUGGGCACCCGGGCUGGCCUCCUCAGAAGCAGCUUGUUCGUGGGCUCUGAGAAGAUCUCCAACAAGAAGUUUCUGACCCCUGAAGACAAGGCCAGCAUAUUCACCAUGGACCACUUCCCUCUGUGGUACCGCCAGGCCGUGGAGCAGCCUGCUGGCAGCUUUGUCUUCCACCUGCACUCGGGAGAGGAACCAGAAGGUCUGCGUGAGCCAGCGGUGGUAACAGCGAGCACAGCGGUAGCCGUGACAGUGGAUAAGAAGACGGCCAUUGCCGCAGCGGUGGGCAUCCAAAUGAAGCUGGACUUCCUGCAGCGCCUGUUCUGGGCGGCCACACGGCAGUGCGGUGCUGGGGAUGGGCUGUGCCCAAAGAGCUGUCAGGACAGCGACCUGGACUGCUUUGUCAUCGACAACAACGGCUUCAUUCUGAUCUCAGAGAGGUCCCAAGAGAUAGGGAGAUUUCUGGGGGAUGUGGAUGGUGCUCUCAUGACCCAGCUGCUCAGCACGGGGGUGUUCAGCCGAGUGACCUUGUAUGACUAUCAGGCCAUGUGCAAAACCCCUAGUCACCACCACAGUGCAGCCCAGCCCCUGGUGAGCCCUAUCUCUGCCCUCCUGACUGCAACCAGAUGGCUGGUGAAUGAGCUCUUGCUGUUUCUGCUGGAGUGGAGCGCCUGGGGCUCCCGGCACGCAGACAGCGCGGCUGAGGCCAAAGCUGCCUUCCAUCACUCCCACAAGCACCAGAAGCAGGAUGCGCUGCAGCCCUGCGACACAGAGUACCCCGUGUUCGUGCACCAGAGGGCCAUCCAGGAGGCCAAUGGGAUCAUCGAGUGCGGGGCCUGCCAGAAGAUAUUUGUGAUGCAACAGAUUCCCAAUAGUAACCUUCUCCUUCUGGUGACAGACCCCACCUGUGACUGCAGCAUCUUCCCGCAAGUUCUACAGGAGGCUACAGAAGUCAAAUAUGAUGCCUCUAUCAAGUGUGACAGGAUGCGCUCCCAGAAGUUCCGCCGGCGACCGGAUUCUUGUCAUGCCUUCCAUCCAGAGGAGGAUGCCCAGGACUGCGGUGGUGCCUCGGAAACCUCAGCCUCGCGCCCCUUUCUCCUCCUGCCUCUCUGUGCCUGGCUGCUGCCACCCCAGCUGCUGUGGUGACACUCUGACCUCUGUUUUGCCAAGGUGACCUUUCCAGAGACAUUUUACAGUAUCAGCAACUGAUGUGGGAGCCAGCUCACUACAACUGUGCUAUCACCCAGGUCAACGCUCAUCUCAAUCUUGAGCUAAUGGUCCCUGCCUCCUGAAAUUGCGGGAUGCAACCAGAAACCUCU